GGAAGGGCUCUGCUGUCCACCGGGCCCAGCGACCGAGGUCGCACUCAUCGGCGCCACGCUGGCCGCUAGCAGCGCCAGGGCGGCCCGGGCUCCUCCUCGGCCAUGGCCUCCCCGCCCGCGUGCCGGUGCCUGCUGUCGCUGCUGCUGCUGCUGCUGAGCCUGGCGCUGCUGGGCGCCCGCGCCGAGCCCGCCGCCGGGAGCGUCGUCCCCGCGCAAAGCCGCCCGUGCGUGGACUGCCACGCGUUCGAGUUCAUGCAGCGCGCCCUGCAGGACCUGCGGAAGACGGCGCGCAGCCUGGACGCGCGGACAGAGACCCUCCUGCUGCAGGCCGAGCGCCGAGCCCUGUGUGCUUGCUGGCCAGCUGGGCGCUGAAGACUCUCUGCCAGUGCUGAUCCCUUUCAAUA